GGUGCAAAUGAGGAGUCGGCGUGACAGCUAGAAUUAGGGAGAGUUGUGGGAAUACCGACUCGCCGUUAACCUGGAAAAUUAAUAUUUUCCCCAUAAACGCUGAGGAUUGUCAUCAUGGCUCUUUAUGAGUAUGUCACCAAGGAACAGCUGGCUGGUUUUGAUAAGUACAAGUACAGCGCAGUUGACUCCAAUCCGCUGUCAGUCUAUGUGAUGCACCCCUUCUGGAAUUCUGUUGUAAAGAUUUUACCCACAUGGCUGGCGCCCAACCUCAUCACAUUCACUGGCUUCAUGUUCCUCGUGCUCAACUUUCUGAUGUUGGCCUUCUUUGAUUUUGACUUCUAUGCUUCAGCCCCAGGUCAUGUUCACGUACCGAGCUGGGUGUGGAUUGCAGCUGGUCUUUUCAACUUCCUAGCAUACACAUUAGACGGUGUUGACGGGAAACAGGCCCGGAGGACUAACUCCAGCACGCCACUAGGGGAGCUGUUUGACCACGGGUUGGACAGCUGGGCAUGCAUCUUCUUCGUGGCCACGGUUUACUCCAUCUUUGGGAGGGGCGAGACGGGCGUGGACGUAGCCACCCUUUACUACAUCCUGUGGGUGGUGCUCUUCUCCUUCAUCCUCUCCCACUGGGAGAAGUACAACACGGGCGUGCUCUUCCUCCCCUGGGGGUAUGACAUCAGCCAAGUGACCAUCUCCAUCGUGUACAUUGUAACAGCAGUGGUUGGCGUGGAAACAUGGUACAUCCCCAUAGUGUGGAACUUCCACUACAGAGACCUGUUCACUGUGAUGAUUCUGGGUUGUUCAUUUGCAGUAACCCUUCCAAUGAGCCUUUACAAUGUAUUCAAGGCGUACCGCAGCAACACGCUGAAACACAGCUCCCUGUACGAGUCCUUCCUGCCCUUCCUCUCCCCCGUGCUGCUCUUCAUCCUCUCCACGCUCUGGGUGUGGCUCUCUGCCGUCAACAUCAUCCAGCUGCAGCCCCGUGUCUUCUACCUCAUGGUGGGGACGGCCUUCGCCAACGUCACUUGCAAGCUGAUCGUGUGUCAGAUGAGCAACACGCGCUGUCAGCCCCUCAGCUGGCUGCUGCUGCCCAUGGGCCUGGUGGUCCUGCUGGUGGCCUCGGGCGUCGCGGCGCACAGCGAGACGCUGCUCCUCUACGUCUGGACGGCCGUGGUGGUGCUGGCGCACGUCCACUACGGGGUCUCUGUGGUACACCAGCUAAGCGACCACUUCAACAUCUACGCCUUCUCGCUGAAGAAGCCCAGCUCGGAUUGACUAGAGGAGGAGAAAAUCGGCCUGCAGGCUGCCGAGGUUUAGACUCUCUCAGCAGCCCGCCGACACAACUACCAUCACCACUGAUACUGGCGACCAUUCCCACGUGGAGACACAUCAUCCCCUCCCCCCUCCCCGCCCCUCCCCCCCACAGCGACUCGAGGCUCCC